AUGGAGGAGUCUGGUAUCCUUCACCGUGACAACAGGUUACACAUGUUUGUGUUGCAUUUGAUAUAUACUCCAAGAAUAAACAGAGCACUCGAAUCAUUUGUUUCAGCCUGGAAUCAACAUACAAUGCGCACAGAGCGAAAUUGGUCCCCUCUUCAAAUGUGGACUAAUGGCAUGUUAGAUAUCAGAAACCACCAACUAUCAGCAGUUGCAAAUGUUGCUGAUUCAGAAACUGGUUUUGACGACCUUGAAUGGUUUGGAUUUGAUCCAUAUGCACCAACACCAGAUGAUGAAGGGCUAACUACAGUUGUGGUAGAUGACGUUAAUAUAGAUGUGGAAGACCAUAUUCUCAACCAGCUCAUAAACAACACAAAUCCCUUACAGAACUCCGUUUUUACUGAAUGCUGGUAUUGA